GCCGCGGCUCGGAGCCGCCGCCGCGGCUGGGAUUAGGCUCCCGCUCGGCUGCGAUGCGGAGCGGCGGGGCGGGAGCGGCGGGGCCCAGCGGGAGGGCGUGGGGGGCCGCCGGGCACUAGGCGGGCGGCGGGCGCGGAGCCGCCGGAGCUCUCCAGGGUGCUGGGGCGCUGCCCGCCCGCCUUCCCGCGGGAGCCGCGCGGCCGCCCUCGCCCAUCGAGCCGCGCCGCCGAGCCCCUCCGAUGCCUCGGACAGCACCACUCCCGGGGUCCGCCGCGCCUGCGAGCAGCAUGGCCCGGAUUAGGUACCUCCGCGCGGCUGUCUCGGGCUUUUAUCUGUGGGAAGCUGCGCUACUUCUCAGCUUGGUAGCCACAAAGGAAACGGACAGUGCAAGAUCUCGUAGCAUGCCAAUGUCACCAUCGGAUUUCCUGGAUAAGCUAAUGGGUAGGAUGUCAGGCUACGAUGCAAGGAUCAGACCAAAUUUCAAAGGUCCUCCAGUUAAUGUCACAUGCAACAUAUUUAUAAACAGCUUUGGGUCCAUUGCAGAGACAACCAUGGAUUACCGAGUGAACAUCUUUCUCCGUCAGAAUUGGAAUGAUCCACGCCUUGCAUACAGUGAAUAUCCAGAUGACUCUUUAGAUUUAGAUCCAUCCAUGCUGGAUUCAAUUUGGAAACCUGAUUUGUUCUUUGCUAAUGAAAAAGGUGCCAACUUUCAUGAAGUUACAACAGAUAAUAAAUUGUUGCGGAUUUUCAAAAAUGGAAAUGUACUUUAUUCCAUCAGGUUGACUUUAAUACUGUCCUGUCCGAUGGAUCUCAAAAAUUUUCCAAUGGAUGUGCAAACAUGUAUAAUGCAGCUGGAAAGCUUUGGAUACACAAUGAAUGAUCUCAUUUUUGAGUGGCAAGAAAAGGGAGCAGUUCAAGUAGCAGAAGGUCUCACUCUGCCACAGUUUCUGUUGAAAGAAGAAAAGGAUUUAUGUUACUGCACCAAGCAUUAUAAUACAGGAAAGUUUACAUGUAUUGAAGUCCGAUUUCACCUUGAGAGACAGAUGGGUUACUAUCUCAUCCAGAUGUACAUACCAAGUCUAUUGAUUGUGAUUCUCUCCUGGGUGUCAUUUUGGAUCAAUAUGGAUGCAGCUCCAGCCAGAGUGGCUUUAGGCAUAACAACUGUGCUGACCAUGACAACACAAAGCUCAGGUUCACGAGCAUCUCUUCCAAAGGUGUCAUAUGUCAAAGCCAUUGACAUCUGGAUGGCAGUGUGUCUGCUCUUUGUAUUUUCUGCACUUUUGGAGUAUGCAGCUGUAAACUUUGUGUCAAGGCAGCAUAAAGAACUUCUGCGCUUCCGCCGCAAAAGGAAGAAGAGCAAGUAUUUUGAGGGAAUUCUUGAUGGAAAUGAAAUCAGUGAAUCAUUACAGCAUAGCAAUGGCUUGAGAUGUACAGGACCUAUAGACGGGACUUUGCCUCAAAUCUACAGUACAAAUUUAAGGGAUGAUGAUGCACGUGAAAGUCAGUUUAGCUUUACAGCAUAUGGAGUGGGCCCAUGCGUGCAAGCAAAAGAUGGAAUGACACAGAAGGGGCCAAAUAAUCCUGUUCAAGCUGUACCAAAAAGCCCUGAUGAGAUGAGAAAGGUAUUCAUUGACCGGGCCAAGAAAAUAGACACAAUAUCCAGAGCUUGUUUCCCAUUAGCCUUUCUGAUUUUCAACAUUUUUUACUGGGUAAUUUACAAAAUCAUCAGGCAUGAGGACAUUCACCAAUAACAAGACUAAGGCUUGCAAUACAUAAAGAUCUGGUUGUCACACUCGACCAGAAGCUUUUUGUUAGAAAUGCACAUCAGAGGAGUGACUGGAAGAGUUAAAAACACUGAGGUGGUGAAAAAAGAUUCUGCGUGGCCUGCAAUGACCAGGAUGGAAGAAUGACACCCAGAAAAGAUACAUCUGCUAUUGCAAACUUUCCUUGUAAAGCUAAAUAUUAACAAAUUUUUCAUUGUAAAUCACUCUCUACUGAAGCUUUACUGGCAAGUAUUUGUACAUACUGUUACACAGUGGUAUAACUGUACAGUACUCUCUGAUGGUCCUUAUUUUUUUUUAAAUUGUGAUGUACUUUUAAUUUUAAAAUUUGUUCCUGAGUACCCUAGGUAAAUCCCACAGUAUUACAGAAUAGAUUAGUGUUUGUAACCUUGAUUUCAAUUUUACAAUAUUAUGACAAAUUACUGAUUGGAGAAAAAAUUUAAAGGACUUCAUCUAGUCUUAAGGACAGUACUGGUGGUUUUGCAAUGAAUAUAUUUGACACAUUCAAGUCAUAUAAUUUACUAAAUAUAUUUAAAUUACUGUUCCCCUGGAAGCUGUUUGUUGAAAUAGUCUCUGACAGCACAAAGUAUACAGCCUAAUAGUCUGCCUAUCACAUGAGAAAUAUAUUAAAAUUUGUAAGGUAUUGACUCCUGCAAAGGAUUUUUUUUUCUUUUAAUUACUUACACUUUGAUAAUUGAAACAUAUUUUUUAAUAUUUUUUUAUAUUUUAAGGGGGUUUUUCCUCAAUUCAUAAAACUCAUACAGCUAGUGAAAUAGACAAACUACAUCGAAAUUUUGCAAUACUUCACUUUAAUUCAAUGCAAAGAGAUCUUGGACCAAAACUGAAAGCAAAUAGUGAACUCCACUGAAGCAUUUGGAGGAUGAACACAGUUAUGUUUAUGCACAUUCAUCUCCUACAUGUUACAUAAAUAUAGGAAGCUUAAUUUAUGAAUAUAUCAAGUUUUCUGACUCAUUCUUUGAAGUUUAUUGAUGUAACUUAGAUAUUGCUUAAGAAGCACUUCACAACUUUGGAGAAACAUGAAGCUCAUCUAAAACAUAAAAAAGGAUCUGGAUGGUCUUUUACAUUUACUGUAUUUCACAUUAAUAAAUAGGAGAACAACCAUUAAAACUCUUAGAAAAAUCUUUCCUGUUUAGGUUUAAAUAAGUCAUUUUAGUUGCUUCUUUGAAUUGUAACACCAUAGAUCAAUCUUGUCUAUUGGAAAACAAAACCAUGCUAAGAAGUGAAAAUGCAUCAUUUAGAAUUAUUAGUCCAGUAGCUGAGGCUGAUUCUCAUUGCAAAAUAUUUUUAUUUUGAACAGGUUUAAAAUUUUUGGUUUGUUGUUGAUCAGAAUGUGUAUACAAAAGCAAAAUCAGCUGGAAACAAACAUCUGGUGCACUGCCAAAGGCAUGGUGCAUAUGAAGAAGCAGCAGCAAUGUAACUCUGCACUGAGUAAUAUAGCAACCUUGGCUUUGGUUUGUUAUUGUUUUCCUCCAAGGAUUACUUAGAGAGGUUCUGAAAUAGUAGCUCUCAGAUUUUGUUAAACUGUGUCAGAAAGAAGGUGUAUAAUUUGCCUUUAUUUUUAAACUAUUAUUCUUUUAUAGUUUUACUUCAUUUAUGAUCUAAAAUUAAUUCAAUUUACUUAAAAUUUUUUUUUUUCUUGCUGAGAUGGUGUCUGCUUUCUGUUGAUCUAUUUAUGUGCAUGUUCCAAAAUAUCAUGUUCACUUAUGAAGGUGCUCAUCUGUAUGAGGAGGUAUCAUGAACUAAUGGUUGAUAUUACUCAGUUGAGUUAUAUUCACCUCUCUCAAAGAUGUCAUUAACUGUAUUGUAUGAAAAGGGGUGUUAAUUUGCUUCUGUUAGCAGCAAAGUCAACAGUAUUUUGUUUAAGGGCUGUUUACAAAUGCACAUAACUUUUGGCAUAUCAUUCUGCUGCCCUCAGGUGAGUAAAGAUGUUCUAUUUUGAUAUAAUGGAACCAAGAUCUCUCCUGAACUGGUUUUAUGGGUUGUUUUUUUUCUGUUACUUUUACCACGGUAACAGAGGCCUCUGCAGUCCACUAAUAAUGUGUUUUU